AUGAUUUGGAUCUACUCCAAAUGUACACAUAAAGAAGGUUUGAAGGUCGAGGAACCUUACUAUUUGGACAUUACAUCAAGAAUUACAGAGGCAAAUAAAGCCAUCAGCCAUAAUCUGGUAGAAGGUGAUGUGGCUCCUUCAAAGAGGAAUGCCAUGAAAUGCUCGAACGGCUCGUGUAAAUGGCCAAAAUCCUCCAGUGGACUCGUUGAAGUGCCCUACAUCUUCAGCGAUUACUUCUAUGACGGUGAAAAGGCCUCCAUUAAGGAAGCUAUGGACACUUUCCACAAGAAAACCUACGUUCGCUUUGUGCCUCAUCGUGGCCAAUCUGACUACCUCAGCAUUGAGAGGGAAAUGGGUAGAGGUGAUUGGUGCUGGGCUACCAUCGGCAGAGACGGAGGGAGGCAGUUGGUUUCUCUGUUCCUGUAUGGCUGUCUUGAUCGUGGGACCAUUCAGCAUGAGCUCCUCCACACACUUGGCUUCCACCAUGAGCACACUAGGAGCGAAAGGGACCGGUACGUCCGGAUCAACUGGCAGAAUGUUCCAUCAGUAAAUCAUGCCAACCACUUCAACAAAAUGAACAUGUCGUAUGACUAUUCUUCUGUUAUGCAUUAUGGAAGAUCUUUCUUUGCAUCAUCGUUUGGGGCAGACACCAUUGCUCCCAUUCCGGAUUCCUCUGUGCCAAUUGGACAAAGGAAUGGCAUGUCAUAUCUUGAUAUCCUCAGGAUCAAUAGAUUAUACAAAUGCAAUGUGUAAAAGCGACAACCAUGGCUUCGUGAAAAAUAAUUCACGAAUGAAAUUGUUGGUGUACUCUAAACCAAAUAAAAUAUAAAAC